AUGCAAUCCGUUCGCGAUCACAUUAAUUCCGUCCCUAGAAUUGAAAGCCACUAUACUCGGGCUAACAUAACUCGUGAAUUUAUUGAUGGUGAUCUUACCGUUAAAGAGCUGCAUCGAAAUUACGUAUUUAGUACGGGAACGAUGCCAUCGGCAACUUUUGACACGUAUUACCGAAUUAUCAACACUGAAUUUAACUUAUCAUUUUUUGUACCCAAAAAAGAUCAGUGUGAUCUCUGCGAGUCUUAUAAAAAUGCUGUCGGGGAAGACCAACUCAAAUUAAAAGAAGCUUGUGAAGAGCAUUUAAAACAAAAAUAUUUAAGUAAGAAAGAGAAAACUAAGGAUAUUGAGUUAGUAAAAGAAGAUUGUAACAAUAUCGUUGCAAUAUACGAUUUACAGGCAGUUAUGCCUGUAUCUAUCCGUUAUAGUUCAGCGUUUUUUACAAAUCAAAGUUGA